CCAACCCAGAAAAAAAAAAAGGGAAAACAAUAAUAAAAAAAAAAGCAGACAACAGUGAGUCACCUAUGCACAAAACCCAAGAGAAAAGAAUAAGAAAGAAUCCAGAAAAAGUAAAAAUUCAAACAAGUGGGUCUGUCUUUUUCUUUUUAUCACUCCACUGUCACACUACCGGAAAAACCCCAUUUUCUAGAGAGAGAAAACUCAAGUUGGUUAGAGGAGAGAGAAAAUCCACCACCACUCUAAUAUGACGUCGACGACCAUCGCCGGCAACCGGCGGCGAGAACAACCGUCGUCUCACCAGUACUACUACUCCAAUACGCCGUCGUAUUUCUCACCUUCAUCAUCGUCAUCACCUUCACUGAUCAAAGGUUGCUGUUGUUGUCUCUUUCUACUUUUCUCUCUCCUCGCACUCAUCACACUCGCCGUAAUCCUCGUCAUUGUACUCGCCGUUAAACCGAAAAAGCCUCAGUACGACCUCCAGCAAGUCGCCGUACAAUAUGUCGGAAUCUCGCCGACAUCCGGCACGGCUCCCGGCGGCGUGUCGCUGUCAUUGUCGGUGAGAUUCAUAUUUACGGCGGUUAAUCCGAACAAAGUAGGGAUAAAGUACGGUGAAUCGAGGUUUAAUGUGAUGUAUAGGGGGAUUCCGUUGGGGAGAGGGACGGUGCCGGGGUUUUAUCAGCCGGCGCAUAGUGUGAGAACAGUGGAGACAAUCGUGUCCGUUGAUCGGGUGAAUUUGAUGCAAGCUGAUGCGUCGGAUUUGGUGAAGGAUGCGUCGAUGUAUGAUAAGGUUGAACUUAGGGUUUUGGGAGAUGUUAGCGCCAAAAUAAGGAUAAUUAGCUUUGAUUCUCCUGGUGUUCAGGUUUCUGUUGACUGUGAGAUUGUUAUUAGUCCUAAAAAACAGUCUUUGACUUAUAAACAAUGUGGAUUUGAUGGAUUGCGUGUUUGAUUUUCGAUUUCGAUUCGAUUUCUGAGGAUGACGAUGAUGAUGAUGAUGGAGGAAGAGGAUGAAGGUCUGAUAAAUGACUCUUUUUUUUUUUUUUUUUUUAAUUUUUGGGAUUAAAUAAUUGAGUAUCUACGAUUUAUUAUAUAGUUUAUUUAAUUUGUUUUUAUGAGGGUAGUAAGUAAGUAGUUGUAGUUAUUAUAAAUACUUGCUAUAUAUGUGGAGAAAAGUAGUGGUGAAUGGUGAUGUCAAUCUGCAAAUUUUGCUGACUUUUUUUAGUUGUUAGUUGCUAAAUUGUAAAUGGGUUACCCUUAAUUUGGGUUACCCUUGAGUUCUCAUGAUCAACUGUAAGAUGAUUACGGAAGAAAACAAGAAUUUUCAGCUUAA